UAUGUUAGUGAAAGAAUUAAACUGGACUCUCAAAAUAAAGAAAUAUUAACCAAUUGCUUUUAUGGCAAUGAAAUCACUAAUGUGGCCCGCAUUACCAAAAUGAAUAUGAUUUUGUUUGGAGACGGGCAUAAUAAUAUUCAACGCCGGGAUACUUUUCAAUUUCCGGUUGAUGAAGCCUAUGAUUUGGUAAUUACUAAUAUUCCUUUUGGUUUUAGCGACAUUGAGUUUGGAAACUUAUAUCCUAUCAGUUGUAAAUAUGGGGAUUGUUUGGCUAUUCAACAUUGUUUAAUGGCUUUGAUAGAAAACUAUUCCAUUCAAGCUAUUAUCUCCUUACCCAAAGGUAUAUUUUUACCUUAUACAGGUAGCAAAAGUUCGGUUAUUAUCAUGGAAAAGAAAAAGAAAAUGAGAGAUUAUUUUUAUUACUACCAAAUUAAAAAUGAUGAAAUAGUGGUAGAGGAAAAAACUAGUUCUCCGCUAUUUACCAAGAUUUAUUAUAAAGAUGUGGAGGAAAAUAGUUAUAAUUUACUAAUCAAACCUUAUAAUUUUCCGGUUCCCAACAAAGAAAAAGAGUAUUUGACUUUGGAGGAAGUUGCUCGGAUAUUCAGUAGUUAUCGGGCUUCUAGUUUAAAAGAUUAUUUUGCUAAUAAUGGUUCUUACAAAGUUUAUCAGCAAGAGCAUGUAAUUAAUAAUGACUUUUCACUCAACAAUCGCUAUAUUAAUGAGGAAAAAUACCAAGAAUUAAAAGUCCAUGAGUUAAAAAAAGACGAUGUUUUAAUGACUAUUAUGGGAACUUUGGGAAAAGUGGCAAUUUUCCCUGAAACCGCCGAAAAGGGAAUAGCUUAUGCCGUUUUUCAAUCUCCGCAAGUAGAAAAGGUAUUAUUAGAACAAUCCUUUGGAACUGCGGUCCAACAUUUAAGACUAGAUGUUUUGAGAAAGUUUCCUAUUCCUAUUGUUUCCUUGGAGGAACAAAACAAAAUCAUUUUGGGAUUAAAUAAAAUCAAGCAAAGUAUUCAAAAUGCUCAGCAAAUAGUUGAUAAUCUUAAAUUUCCGCUUUUUGUUUCGCUGAUGAAACCUGUUGAGUAUAAGAAAUUAGGUGAGAUUGCUAGUUUUGAAUAUGGUUAUAAUACCAAAGCCAGCGAUAAAGGGAAAUAUAGGUUUAUUCAAACCGGAGAUAUUGACUUUGGAAACAUUUUAGAGCAAGGAAAGAAAUAUAUUGAUUUACCGGAAAAUAUUGAUGAGAAUAAAUAUUUACUAAACAAAGGCGAUAUCGUUACUGCCCGGCAUGGAAAUUGCGGAAGAACAGCAAUUUUUCAAAACAACGAAAAAACUGUUUUCACUAAUGAUUUAAUUAGGCAAGUAAAUAAUUUAGUAGGAGGAACGGCCCAACCGCAAUUUAACGCUAAUGCUUUGAAAGAAAUUAGAGUGCCAAUCCCCAGUUUAGAAAAUCAGAAAAAAGCC